GCUGAGCUGGUGCAAUUCUAAGUUUUGUUUCAGUUCAGCAGAGUAGCUAAAAAGAACGGACAACAUAUAUGUCUGUGUGAGUCAUCCUUAGUUUGGUUAUGAUUAAGUAGAAAGAGAUUUACUAAAAAUUGUUGUGAACAUAAUACUGUAAUGAUGUCAGCAAUUAAAAGGCAAUCGAAUGAAAAAGUAAAAGUUAGAAAAAAGAUGAGCAAAGUUGAAAUAUACCAAGCCAUAAUAAGAAAGAAACGGUGUGAUACAAAGGCUCUUGCAAUAGUUGAACAACUGUUAGAAACGAAUGUGAAUCCUGACUGGCUUAUUCAAAAUCUAAAAUUUAUAAAUAAAACACACAUGGAGGAUGUAAUAGAGGAAAGAUCUAUUAUAAAACUGUGUGGAUAUGUUCUUUGUUCAAAACCAUUGACCGCUGUUGUUAAACAACAGUAUCGUAUAUCGACACGUACAAAUAAGGUAUACGACAUCAGCAAGCGCAAGAACUUUUGCAGUUCAUCGUGCUAUGGAGCAUCCAAUUACCUUCUUGAACAAAUGCUUGAAAGUCCACUGUGGUUAAGAGAGAAAGAGCAUAUACCAGUCUUUACAAUCUUACCUAUAAACUCUGUGUAUUCUUUACCAGGAGAUGAAAUUGAUGUUGUAGGAGUUAAUCUCUUGCAAAAUACAGAUACUAAUGAUAUUGAUAACAAUAAAGAGUUAAACGUAGAAUUUGAUGCGAUUAAACAAACCGAAAACAAUUUAUCACCUACUAAAUCACGUUCAGAGAUGGAAAAUGAUUCUCACUCAUCAAAUAACAGAAAUGUUGAAGAACAUACUCAGAUAGACGAAACUUCUGUAAAUAUUGAUACACAAAAUUUCUGUGAAGCACAUCCAUCAGAAUUAUGUACUACUACUCAGAAAGAUAAAGAACAGAAUCCUCAAGAAUGUCAUGAAAAUAGAUAUAAUGAUCAUGUUCAACAAGAAAAUAUGAAAGCAGAAGACCAGGAAACACACACAGCUGUUCAACUAAAUAACACUCUACACAUACAUGAACGUGUUAACAGAAAUGCAAAAAAUGAAAAUGCAAACUCCAGAAUUGUACGCAGUAAUAGUGUUAUUGAAGUAUUACAACCCGAAUUGGACGAGAUAAGUAACAACAAAAAUGAUAGCAGCAAAAUGUUACAGUCUCAAUUGGAUGAAGUAAAUAAUAGUAGUAACGUCAAGGAUGGCAAAAUUAUGCAGUUUCAAUUGAACAAAGCACGCAGUUAUCAAAAUAUCACAAUAUCUUCCAAACAUAGGGGAAAACAUAAGGAAAAUAAAUCUAAAAGAGAGAGAAUAAGAGACGCAAAUAAAAAUAAAAAUGAACGUAAGCAGGAAGAAUUCGAUAACACAGAAGUACAAGCUAGUGUGUAUCACAAUCUUGUAAUGCAUGUUGAGCAAAGCUUCAGAGAAUGGGUUACAGAGAGUACAUUUUGUCUUCUGCUGGGUGAGAUGGAUGAAAAAUCUCAGUUAUGGAAAAAUUUGAUGAAGCAGGACAGGUAUGAGCAAUUGUGUAAGAAAUUAAAUAGAUUGCAAUUGCAAGAUGAAAAGGAAAGUCGUGUUGAUUUGGGGAAAAAUGUACUGAAACCAUUGCCUAAUCUAUCCGUGCUUCAAGAGGAAGGAAAGAAAAUGGAGUUAAAAGUACAUGCGUUUUACGAAGGACAACUAACAAUUACUGAAGACAGCAGUGAGUCGAAAAAUCGGGACGAGGGUGAGGAUAAAGAACCUAUAUUACCUUUAACAGAUGCUUAUGCGCCCAAUGCGCUCCGUCGACGAAUUUUCUUGAAUAAACUCAGUCAAGUAUUACCAGAUUUACUGUGUGCCUUAACACGAUUGCCGGCCAAUGCGAGUACUUCUUCCGUAUCACAACAUAUUUAUGAUAAUGAAACAUAUUCAUUAAUUAAACUAUUGGUUAGAACUUUUCAUCUAACUGCUACAAAUAUUGUUUUCAAAACUGCUGAGUGGACACUCGUAGGACUUAUCAUCAUUAAAAUGUUAAGCUUAGUUGGCACGCAAUUGCAAACGUUGCUUGAAACUAAACAGGCUUCUAUGUAUACUUCGAUGAUUCUUAUGUCUUACAAAUUAGAUUCGGGUUAUUUAGAUAGGCUCAUAGUGAGUGUGAUAAACAAUAAAAAUACAUAAAUAAUGUAAUAAGCAAAAUUUAUUAGAAUAAUGAUCUUUACAAAUAUAUUCUAUUUUGCUUUACAACAAACU